AGGAGGAAGGAGAAGAGUGAUCGUAUAGUCAGAGGGCCCUGUCUCGUGCUGCCAGUGCUCUGGGGGCCCCUCGGAUGCAUUACCUAUGGGACAUCUGGAUACAAGGGGGUGGGGGAUGAAAGUGAUGCCUGCCUCUUGCUACCACCCAGGGAUUUAUAAUCUGAAUCCUUUGCAUUUUAACCUGCUGCGUCUCUCUCUCCUGGAAACUGAAAAAUAAAACUUUGCCAUCUCUCGUGCAGUUGGAGCUGAAAGGCUGUGGUGUUGCUGCUUAAAGAGACGGACGGACCCUUCUCUUCCUCCUCCUUUCUGCCAACAACAAAAAGCCACCAUCAGAGGCACCUCUUGCUGGAAUAAAAAGGCAAAAGCAUGGAGUUCACAGAGAGGAAGAGGAGCAGGAAAUCCCAGAGCUUUAAACUGGUGAAUCAAGAAUAUCAUCACGCUGUUUAUAAAGCCUCUGAUUAUUGCAGUGACAUCAAUGGAGAGUCCAGAGACUCACAGAGUGUUUCAGGUGAUGAAAGCAUGGAAAUUAAAAAGCAGAUCACUGGUAUGAGAAGGCUUCUAAAUGAUAGCACUGGCAGAGUCUAUCAGAGGGUUGGCAAAGAGGGAGAAAAGCUCAAAGAAGAACCCCACGACCUAGACCUGCAUUGGCCAGAGAGCUUGAACACUCCCUGUGCAGCAGAACAGGCUAUCCAUCCUUCCCAGAACCCAUGGAACAAUUCACCAUUACCAACAACAGAAUUUUCAGGACAGUAUGGGACCCGGUCCAAAACUGUUCAGAAUCAUCCUAAAAAUGCAGGACUGAAUGGGGAUUUGAGAAUGACAAAUACACCAACAGCAUCAAAGUGUUGUACAUGUAACUGUCAGCCAACCUUGCAAGCCAUCCUGCAGGAGCUGAAAGCAAUGAGGAAAUUUAUGCAAGUACAAGCAGUUGCCCAAAGCCGCAUGCAGCUCCCUCAGUCAUGUGUUUGCAAUCAAAAGACAGCCAUUGCAAGGAAAAGAAUAAUAAAGAAAAAAGUGCUUUCAAAGAAUACAGCAGUAGCUCCUGUAAUCAGCCCACCCAGUGCUAGUGAGAAAGAGCACAAGGUUGUGGUGCUUCCAGAAAGGUCCAGUCUGACAGAAAAAGAGCGAGCCAAGAAGGAGGAGGAACGCAUGCUGGGAUUUGGAAUUGUUGCUGAUUCUUCAUCGCUUGAUCCAGAAGUCCAACUCGCAGAAGGAUUUGAUGUAUUUAUGCCAAAGUCUCAGCUGGACUCUAUUCUAACAAACUACAAGAGAUCUGGAAGUCUACUCUUUAGAAAACUGGUGUGUGCAUUUUUUGAUGACAAAAUAUUGGCAACUUCACUUCCCAAUGGGAAAAGGAAACGCGGUCUUAAUGAUAAUCGGCAAGGUUUGGAUCAGAAUAUUGUGGGAGCAAUAAAAGUAUUCACAGAAAAGUACUGUACCGCUAAUAAUGUUGAAAAAGUUCCAGGCCCACGACACUGGGUACAAAUCCUCCAGGACCAAAUAAAACUGGCAAGGCGGAGAUUAAAAAGAGGCUGCGAUUUAGGUAAUCAUCUUCAAAAUCCUGAUGAUAGGAUGUGGCAGCACUCAAAGACUGGCUUUUAACCACUGGAACAGAAGUCACUAAAGCCUGACUUUGCUUUCAUUUGACAAUUGCAGUCACUCUCUGUAAAGUUUAUUUUUUAUUGCUUAUCAGAGGAUAAGCCAAGCUGUGGAAACCAACACACUGUGUGGAUAUUGUUCAUGAAGUCACUCCCUACAUAUUUUCCCCCUUUCAUAGUUUCUACAAAAUCAUGCCUAAUAGUGGAAUAGGUAAGACAGUUUUUGGGUAUAUCAAACAGCAGUUCUGAAGAUGAGAAUAGUGUGUGAAAUUCUCAUGAAUUGUUUAAUUGAUAUUUUGGUCCCUUAUUGUAGCCAACAUCUCAUCUUCAAGAUUAGCAUUUGUUUUACAUUGUUGUUCUUUCUCAUGCUUUCAUUGGUAUGGUAUAUUUUAAUUGUAUCAGGUCCAUUACUCCAGACACAAUGGGGACAUAUUUGUGAAAAUCCAUAUUGAUUAUUUUCUUUAAGUUCACCUGUAUAAAACCACAAACAUUUGAGAUUUAUCACAAGUAAAAUUCAGGUUUUUUUACCUUCAUUGCAUUUCCUGUCUGUAUGCUUACUGUAUUGUGUAUAACACUGCAAUUUAUGUUUUCAAGCAAACAUAAUUCUAGAAUAUUACCAUUAUUGUACCAUAAUUUCUGUGGAUCACCAACUUGUUGCCUUUUCCUUUAAUAUUAAAUAAGACCAAAAGA